UUCCAUAAUGGCUACGUUGGUGUUGUUUUCUUGCGUGAUCGGAAUAAAGUGCCCUUGCUAAGGACAGGAUUUUACCCUUUCUUGUUGCCUCAUCUCAUCAAAUGAGAGACUCAGAGGGAAGAUGAGAAGCAGGAGCAACUCUGGGGUCCGCUUGGACUACUACCAGCACCUCGUGUACAAAACUAUCCUAACUCAUCAGAAUCCUAUCACAGGCCUUUUGCCUGCCAGUAUAGACCAGAACCAUGCCUGGGUGCGUGAUAACCUGUACUGUAUCAUGGCCGUGUGGGGCCUGUCGCUGGCGUACAAGAAAACUGCCGACAUGGACGAGGACCGAGCCAAGGCGUACGAGCUGGAGCAGAGUGUGGUCAAGCUGAUGAGGGGACUGCUGCAAUGCAUGAUGAGACAGGUGGACAAACUGGAGAAGUUCAAGUACACCCAGGCCACCACGGACGCUCUUCACGCAAAGUACAACAUCACCACCUGUGGGGCUGUGGUGGGGGACAUGGAGUGGGGACAUCUGCAGAUAGACGCCACCUCCCUCUACAUACUCAUGCUCGCUCAGAUGACUGCAUCUGGUUUUCAGAUCAUUUUUACCCUGGAUGAAGUGGCCUUCAUUCAGAACUUGGUGUUCUAUGUGGAGUCAGCCUAUAGAACUCCUGACUAUGGUAUGUGGGAAAGAGGGGACAAGACCAACCAUGGCUGGCCUGAACUGAAUGCCAGCUCUAUUGGAAUGGCAAAGGCUUCUCUGGAGGCUAUAAAAGAGAUGGACCUGUUUGGUUCCCGGGGAGGACCAGCCUCUGUCAUACAUGUCAUGUCAGACGAGAUCUCACAGUGUAAGGCAAUUCUGGAAUCCAUGCUGCCAAGAGAAUCAAAAUCAAAGGAAAUAGAUGCAAGUCUUCUCAGUAUCCUGUCGUAUCCAGCCUUCGCUGUGGAGGAUGUGGACCUAAACAACCUCACAAAGAACGAGAUUAUCAGUAAACUAGAGGGUCGAUAUGGACUGUCUAGAUUCUUACGCGAUGGUUACAAGACUCCAAUGGAGGAUCCUCGUAGGUUACACUAUGAACCCUGGGAGCUGGCAGUGUUUGAGGGUAUUGAGUGUGAGUGGCCUCUGUUCUGGACAUACCUGAUCCUGGAUGGACUGUUCAAGGGAGACAAGGCACAGGUGUUGGAGUACAAGGAGAAGCUGGCAGAGGUCAUGGUCAAGGGUGAAGACGGUCUGCCUCUCAUCCCUGAACUCUACACUAUUCCUGCAGACAAGGUGGAGGCAGAACGUGAGGACCCCGGCAGUCAGGAGAGAACACCAGGAGGGAAGAUGCCUCACAUGUGGAGCCAGUCACUCUACAUCCUAGGCUGUCUCAUUCAGGAGGGAUAUCUUGCACCUGGAGAAAUUGACCCACUAAACAGACGGCUGAUUGGGCAGCCCAGACCAGACCUUGUUGUCCAAGUGUCCAUCCUAGCAGAAGACCUGUACAUUCAGGACCUGCUGAAGGAGCAUGCGAUAGACGUGCAGACCACUCAGGAGGUGGCCAACAUCAAGGUGCAGCCUGCCCGCGUCCUCUCGCACAUCUACCACCAUCUAGGUCAGAAUAAGAAGCUGGGUUUGUCAGGGCGGCCAUCUUAUGACAUCGGUCUGCUGGGUACCAGUCAGCUGUACACACUGAAGGGGCAGACCUUCGCAUUUACUCCACAGUUCAUAGACCAGCAGCAGUUCUACCUUGCUCUGGAUAACGAGCUUCUGGUGGACAUGCUGAAGACAGACCUGGCCUACCUGCGCUACAACUGGAGAAACCUGGGCCGACCCACCGUCACCUUCCCGGUCAGCCAUAACAUGCUAGCCGGGCGCGUCCUGCCCCCUCCUCUACUGAACUGUCUGCAGAAGCUGCUGGCAGGCUCCAUGGAUGGUCAGGUCAACACUACGUACUGUGACAUCCCAACCACUUUUUCAGUGACCCCCCCUCCUCCAAAACGUGGACCUAUGAGUAGUUUUGGGUCACUCUCCACUUAUUUUACCUCCAUGUUUUGCUCAUGUUCAUCAGUUGGUGGAGAGCUACCCCCUGCACUACUUGCUACCCUCCAAAAGCUCAUCAGUGGCUACACCACAGGGGUUGGGAUCCAUGUUGGGAAGUUGGAGGAGUUCAUGUCGACGUCCUGUUUCACCAGUCUGGACUUCCUGUACCUGAGCGAGGGCAGUCCAGUGUCUGAUGCAGGGGAUGAGGUGACAGAGUACCUGGACUCCCUCUUGUCUCCGACCUUCCCCAAACGUAACCUGCUCUCCACACCGCGGCUCGGCGCCAAGAGGUCAACAUCCCUCAGCAGAAAGGCCUCCUUCCGCGUCCUGGGUUCGGUCAGACGUUCACGCUCCGUUUUCGUGGACGAGCACAACCUUCCAGGUAGGAUGUUCCUACGUAGAAAACUCAGUGCGUUGGCAGAAUCAGAAUCAGAGGGAGGAUCAGCCGACAAAGAUGUUAAGGGAGACCACAUACCGGACAUCAGGCACUCCCCUAGCAUGAGUAAGCUGCGUGAAGGGUCAGGGGACAUCGACUGUGCAGAGCUGGUGGAGCAUCUGAAGGACACGUGGUCGCUCCAGGAGCAGGCUGAUGUGCUGCACUACCUGUAUAACACACAGGGUCCAGACUGGGACACCAAGAUCAACAUGAGAGAGGGUAUCACGGUGGUGAUGCUGGUAGGGGAGCUGUAUGAGAAGGCAGGGCAGCUCAAGCAGUGGUCCAUCGUACGGCACAUGGCCGGCAUGCUGAGGAAAAGGGUGGAGGACUUGGCACAGGCUGCCACGGACCUGUUAGUACGACAGAAGCAGUUGUCCGUCGGCCUGCCCCCCCAGCCCCAGGGGAGAGGACCAUCACACCCCCCUCCCCCAGAGGAACUGGCCAAGAUGAUCUACGACUCCUGUGGGGAAGACAGCAGCACUGCUGUGCUUACACAGGAGAUCCUUGUAUACCUGGCCAUGUUCAUCCGCACGGAGCCUAACCUGUUCCGAGAGAUGCUGCGUCUGCGCGUGGGGCUGAUCAUCCAGGUCAUGGUGUCAGAACUGGCCAGAACACUCAACUGUACAGGUGAAGAGGCGUCGGAACACCUGAUGAGCCUGAGCCCGUUUGACCUGAAGACCCUUCUUCACCACAUCCUGAGCGGGAAGGAGUUUGGAGUUGGGGAAGUUGAGAGAGGAGGAGGGAAGUCUCUGUCCAUCAGGAAGAUGGAGAAGGAAGAGGUCACUGGGAUGUCACGACUUCGCAAACAAGUCACGAUGUCUAAAGACAUGAUCAUAGAGCACAACGACAAGUUGCGGAAGGGCCAUGAGGAGGACCUGGAACAGUCUAUGCAGGUGGAUCGGCAGGGCCAGUGGCUUCGGAGGCGACGGCUGGACGGCGCGCUGAACCGGGUUCCUGUAGACUUCUACACCAAGAUCUGGAACGUGCUGAAAUGGUGUCAGGGAUUGUCCAUUGAAGGUCAAAUUCUGUCGUCUUCUGUCAUCAAAGAGAUGACCCCCGGGGAGCUGAACUUUGCCCUGCGCGUGGAGGGGAUCCUGAACAGCAUUCCGCAGCCGGAGUACCGGCAGCUGAUGGUGGAGGCCAUGAUGGUUCUGGCUCUGGUGGUGGACACGGACUACAAGAGGAGCCUGCGGGGCAUCAUCAUGGUGGACAAACUUGUGUCAGACGCAAACGGCAUGUUUGUCGCUGAACUGAAAUCCAUCUUCAAAGACGAAGUGGACUCAAACACUGUAGAGUUCAAAACGGGGGCUGCCAACAUCUGCACAGAUUUCUAUGACAGUGCGCCCAGCGGUCGCUUCGGUACCAUGGUCUACAUGUCCAAGGCCGUGGCUCAAACACUGGACUGUGAACCUGACAGUGUAGCAGAUUGUACCAUAGCGUAGUGUCUACACAUACAUUGUAACGUUACAUGUAGACAAGAUUGACUUGUUGCACCAUUGUGUAUAGGAUCUAUUACAUGUCCAACAACAACAACUUGCAGGACACUAAGUUAGUUAGUUAGUUAGUUAGUUAGCCUAUCCUUUUUUUUGAAAUGCCUUAGUGGGAAUAUGAUGAUGGUUGUGAGAGAAGGGGGAGGGGGCUGCAAAUUUGAAGGGGGUUGAUGAAGGAAGGACAUUAUAAUAUAAUUGUAUAAUUGUCCUUGGUUGCACAAAUAUAGACAAAGUGAAAGGAAUUCUGUCAAUAUGCUGAAGCCAGAUAUUGCAAAAUGAAAUCCCCCUUUAAUUUCUUCAUUAGACUUACUGUGUUGGAUUUGUGGAAAUUGUUUAUCUAUGUUUCAUGCUUAUCAAUGCAGCAAGUAUUAUUUUAUCAUUGGAGA